UCAGUGACAUGGCGGCUGCACGGCUCGUCUAGAGACGGAGUGCUUUCUGACCCCGUUCAUGCAGUUGACUUCAGUUUCAGUCGCGCAAAGGGUGCAUUUAAGUUCGAGUAGCGUUUUCGUAAUGAAGGGCAAAGAGCGAUCUCCGCUGAAGAAGCGCUCCCGGGCGGGGGACGACGGCCGGGAGCGGGAGCGGGAGCGGGGAGGGAGCUACCCGGGCGGGAAGAAGCCCGCAGCCCCGCCGGGCAGCGGCGGCUCCGCUCCGGGCUCCGCUGCGGGCUCCGCGUCCUCCAGGAGGAGCUUACACUGCGACAAGAGGGACUCCCGGGACUCGGACGGACAUCAUUUAUCGAGCAGAGCGGGCGGUGGAGGCGGUUACGAGUACGGGGGAGUUUCCUCGGGGCCGCCGCCAGGGGGCGCUGCUGUCUCCGCCCGGCCGCCCGCUCACCCGGGCAGCGAGUACAAGACCCUCAAGAUCAGCGAGCUGGGCUCCGAGCUCAACGACGAGGCCAUCGAGGACGGGCUUUUCCACGAGUUUAAGAAGUUUGGAGACGUGAGUGUCAAAAUCAGCCGUGAAAACGACGACAGGGUGGCGUUUGUGAACUUUAGAAGGGCGGACGACGCCCGGGCGGCCAAGCACGCCCGCGGCAAGCUGGUGCUGUACGACCGGCCGCUGAAGAUCGAGACCGUUUACAUGAGUAAGCGCAGGAGCCGCUCGCCCCCUGUGGGGAAUAACAGAGCCGCGCAUGCGCAGAGAGGCCUGUCUCCCACGGGGAUGGGUUACAGAGACUACAGGCUGCAGCAGCUGGCCAUGGGCCGCCUCCCUCCUCCACCGCCUCACCUCAGAGAGCUUGAAAGAGAGAGGGAUUUCUCGAUAUACGAAACCAGGAACAGACCCCCGUUCAUCGCUGAGUGCUCUGUUUUCCGGGAGGAGGAUAUGCUCAGCCCCGAGGACGACCAGAGGGCCAACAGGACGUUGUUUCUGGGAAAUUUGGACAUUGGUGUCACGGAGAACGACCUGAGGAGGGCGUUUGACCGCUUCGGCGUGAUCACCGAGGUGGACAUAAAGCGGGCGGUGAGAGGGCAGAGCAACACCUACGGAUUCAUCAAGUUUGAGAAUCUUGACAUGGCUCAUCGGGCUAAAAUAGCCAUGUCGGGGAAAAUUGUGGGUCACAACCCCAUCAAGAUUGGAUACGGCAAACCGACGCCGACGACCAGACUGUGGGUGGGCGGGCUCGGACCCUGGGUGCCGCUGGCUGCUCUGGCCAAAGAGUUUGACCGCUUUGGCACCAUCAGGACUAUAGACUACAGGAAAGGGGAGGUGUGGGCUUACAUCCAGUAUGAAAGCCUGGAUGCUGCUCAGGCUGCGUGUACUCACAUGAGAGGGUUUCCUCUCGGUGGCCCUGAGAGGAGACUCAGAGUGGACUUUGCAGACACAGAGCAUCGCUAUCAGCAGCAGCAGUACAUGCAACUUCCUCUCCCCUUGCCGCAUUAUGAUUUGGUCCCCGAGCCCUUUUCUCACCGCCUCUCUGAAUCUGUGAGAGCGAGAGAGCGGUCCCCCCCUCGCUUUAGAGACCGGGAUAUCUACUCCACUGCUGAAUGGUCUGGUCUGAAUGUCCAUGACAGGAUACGAGGACCGGGCUUUGAUCCCAUCGAUCGUCUGGACAGGCAUCCGAGAGAUAACUGGUCAUUGGAGCGGGAGCUGCAAAGCAGGAAAAGGAGACAUGUGGACGACGGCUGGCGGCCAGAACGCUCACCUGAAAACACUGACUAUGGUCUGGGCCGUCGUGGCGGCUCGUUGGACCGCAGUCCUGGAGGAAGCAGUCGUGACGGCGGGCGCUGCAGCGACCCCGAGCGCCCGCCCCGCCCUAGCAGAACUUCUCCUGCCCGAGAGCGGCAGAACAACCACGACACCGCCUUCGCAGACAAGAGAAAAAGAACACACAGCCCGUCUGAGGCGGGUUCCAGCUUUGACAAAGAUCGCAAACAUAAAGCUGGUGACUCGUCUAAGAGCCCGGUGAAAAGGGAGCAUCACUCAGAGCAUCCAUUCCCAAACUCCUCCAAGUCGAGCCUGGCCCCUGAUCCUACCAACGAUGGACAGAAGCUGAGCCAGGCCUGGCAGGGAGUCAUCCUGCUCAAGAACAGCAGCUUCCCCACCACCCUGCACCUGCUGGAGGGCGACAUGAGGGUGGCGUCCAGUCUACUAAUAGAGGGCGCCACAGGGGGGAAGACGCCCCAGCUGAAGAUCAACCAACGCCUGCGCCUGGACCAGCCCAAGCUGGAUGAAGUCUCUCGUCGCAUCAAGGCCGCCGGCUCCAGCAAUUACUCCAUCCUCCUGGCCGUGCCGGGAAAGUGUGCAGACGGCGAAGGCCAGGACACCAGCAGCUCGACGGAAAGGCCGCUGAAGAACCUGGUUUCCUACUUGAAGCACAAGCAAGCCGCUGGCAUCAUCAGCCUCCCCGUGGGGGGCAAAGGUGACAAGGAGCACGGAGGAGUUCUGCAUGCUUUUCCCCCGUGUGAAUUCUCCCAGCAGUUCUUGGAUGCCUCUGCCAAAGCCUUUGCCAAAUCUGAGGACGACUACAUGGUGAUGGUCAUUAUCAGAGGAGCACCAUAAAAAAAAUAUAUAUGCAGAUGUCUGGUUUUCACAUUCAGUAACUGUUAAAGUGUGUGGUGCAAAAACAGGGAGAAGUAAUGGUAACAAAACAGAGCAGGAAGGUUCUGACAGCCACCAUGACGGUUCUCUAUGAUGGCUUUUAUUUCAUAUUGUUGGAGUUUUAUAGAAAGGAAAAUCCAGUUGGGUUAAAUAGAUUGAUUUGGUAAACUAAUACAAGUGAUAUGUUGCCUUCUGCUGUUGAGUUAUCAGAUAAAUAUACAUUUCCUGAAAGGUACUUUUCUGAAAGUUACUCAGACCAAUCUGCAUCUCUGUGAAUCUGUUCAGUGUAUUGCCUUAUCUCUUUUUUAAAAAGAAACAAGGUUCCUUUAAUAUCAUUUCACCACCUCCCUGUAACAAGACAACUAAGGCCCAAAAGAGAGCAUUUAGCCUUUAUUUGAUUUGUUCUUUGCAUAAUUUGAAUUGAUAACAUUUUAGUACUUAAUUUUCUCCAGUCAAGCUAGAAUUCAAUUAAGCUCACGUGACUUUUAUUUUUCUUUUUAUCCAGCUCUCAUUAAUGGACAUAUUCCAGAUGUGCAUAAGUGUUAUUUGUUGCUGAUUAAGUUACAGUUUUGAGUACCAUCCAGUUCAAAUGUUCAGCGUACCAGUUUUUCUUAUUUUCAGACGGUUUUGGCCAGUCCUGCUCAGAGCUAGAAGAAAAAAAAGACAAGUUGUUCAUGUGAAGGGUUUGUGUGUAUUUGACAUCAUCAUCAGAGAUCCUUUCUGAGCUAUUCCUGGAGGUUGUGUGCCUUUACCAGGUGGGAAAAAUGUAGCUUUCCUUAUGCUUUUUUCCUCAAUAUUCUAUUCAGAAGUGGUUUCUAGAGCAACUAUAUUGUUUUUUUUUUCUUAAAUGUAGAGAGGAUGGACACAUCAAGAAAGCUCUGUAUUUCCCUUCUUGUUUUUAUUACUUUGCAUAAUGUUAAUUGGAGUUGUACUGACCGACUAUAACUUUUUGAUUCAAAUGGGAAAAACUGAUGGAAGUGACAAAUGUGCGCAUAUUACAGUAUUUUAGCCUGACCAGAUCUGGCUUUCUAGAAAACUUAAAGCAUUAAAAUGCUUGGAUUUUUUUAAAUAUAUUUUUUCCAGUAAAAAUAAGCCUGAACAAAUGCUCAGUAUUCAACAGAUUUGUUCUAGUUCAGACAGCUUGUUUGUUUUUUAGGGCUCUUGAUUAAAUAGGCAAAAUUCUCAACAGAGUCACUUUUUUGUGUCCGUCCUUUCUACAAAAUAAUUUUACUGUCAUCGUAUUCACUUUGGUGGUGCAGUUGCUAAAUUAAGCUUAAUUUUUUGUCUGGCAUUAUAAUCUAUUAUUUUGAUUUACUACCCCAACAAAACGUAUACUGUUAAAGAAAAAAAAGAAAAAAAAAGCUGGUGUAAUCUUUGAAUCAAGCGGUAUGUGUAUGUGAUGUACAUGUUUUACUUGAUCUGGAUUCUAAAAGUAGAAAUGAUUGCUACAUUAUCUUUGGACUUUUAAGAGAAAAUGCCUGCCUGUCUGGCACUCCAACAUGCCAUCCUCUGAAAGGACUUUUAAUAAUUGUUUUUCAUGCUUUGAUUUGAGUAUUGUGUUUCAAAUGGAAAGAAAAUGUGUGCUGUAAACUCAGGAUAUCUGGAGAGAGAAGUGGAGAACACCAAUCCUCGGGCCUCAGAAGUAUAGCUAACUGUCAAGAGAAAAAAAACACAAAGUGCAGCUUGCACUUGAUUCAUCUUGUCUUAAUAAAUUUGCUCUUUCGUGGGAAACACGAGUGCCUCGGAAGACAACUUUUGUGACCUUUUCUGUUCUUGGAUUUAUGUAUCAAACUGGAGAGGCUUUCACUUUGACAGCAGGAGCCGUCCCGGCAGGAAGGAAAGGAAGUGUGAGAAAGGAGGGAAGCCUCUCCGUUCUGUGUUUUCCAUGUUUUGCAACAUUUAUCGAAAGGCCUCUUUGAAGAGCUUUUCAUGUGACCUUCAUUCUAAUUGAAAUUUGGUCCAAACUAGAGUACUUUUUUCAGCAAGUCUAGAGUCACUGUGCCACCUUUUGUGUGGCUUGUGCAUCAGUCAAGUCUGUUUCUGUGGAGGCGUGGCUGAAAAACCAGCAAAUCGUCACCCCAGAGUCACCGUCUGCAUCGGGUGGUUUCUGCGGAAGCACGGCAGUGUUAGAUGGCCCCGGCCAUCUUUUUCAUCCCACUCUGGCAGGAAAGCAGAGUGUUAAUUCAGCGUCUCCAGCAGCUUGAGAAGGAGCAGUAUUUGUGUAGUUUUGAAGAGGAAGAUCGCUGUGCUAGGGCCAGACUUCACAUGUCUCAGCCUCUGUCUGGAGGAAAAAGGUUGAGACGGUGACGGCACUUGCCGGAAAUUGGAAAUGAAGCACAACAGAACAGACAAGAUUGCUUCUAGAGUCCAGUCUAGUUGAUGCAUUGAUCUGAUUUCUGCACUGUUUAAAACAUACUGUGGCAAACUGUUUGAGAGCCAAGUGACAGGUGUCAGGCUGCCUGAGCCUGCUGCAGGAUCUAACUCAUCUACGCAUUGCCACGCCGACUCGUCUUCUGGGUCGCCCUCCAAACAGAAGGAUGGGAGAACAGAGGGAGGUGGGGGGGUUGCAGAUCUGUCUUCGGUGUAUCUGGAGCUGCAGGAAUCUGCAGCUUUGAGUCCCUCUCUGGCUGUUCAUGCUUCUGUUUCUCAGAGCGGGUGUGACGUACAUGAGCUGCAGUCUUAUCAGUCAGCAGCGCUGAUGGCAGGCUGAUACGCAGGCUGCUGGAGGAUGACUGUGCGACUGCACCUGCGCAGUCAGGUUGGUAAACGUACGGGCGUCACACUGAGCCAAUGCAAAUACUACUAAUGAGCGCUGGUUUCACAGGAAACUAAGAAUUGCCCUGUUUCAGAGAUAUGCAGGGCUUUGGAAAUAUGUGGACUUUUUGUGGUUUAAAAGGAGCUCUUGCAAAGAUUUGGAGCUGAAAAGUUAUUUAGCUCUAGUUUGCCUUGUUCCUUUUAUUUUAUGCAAACUGUUGCUCAUCCUUAAAAAAAAAUAAAUACAGUUAUUGAGGUGUUGCAUGUGUUCAGAGGCUGCUCUUAAUUAAAAUCUCGAGUGUUUCAGGCAAUCCAUCGACAAAGUUGCAGAAUGAGAAGAGCUUCUCUGUCUGAGAGCGUUCAACUUUACCUGCAGCAUGGAUGACUUCUGUCCGGUCCUUGUUCCACUCAAACAUGCAGAAGUCCUGGAGAUUCGACACAUUCCUUAGGCAUCUAUGAUGAGCUGAAUUGGUGAGUACAUUUUAACUUGGUUUCAAAAAUGUUCAGUUCUUAUUUGUAUGUUUUAAUAUUUGAAAAUCUGGAAUUUAAAUUGUAUUUGACUUGUUUGAAUAAAGGCAGCUAC